AUGCCUGUCACCAGGAGAGGCAUUCUGUCGACUGUAAGUUCAGUCUAUGACCCUCUUGGAUUUGUGGCGCCUGUUAUUCUGGAAGGAAAAAUAAUCCUUCAAUCAUUGUGUAAGGAUGUUUCUGGAUGGGAUGACCCCAUACCGAAUGAUUUGAGAAUGCGAUGGUUGAAAUGGCGUGAUGAGAUAUUUUGUAUUGAAAAUUUGAGAGUUCGUAGAUGUUUCAAAAAACCUGAUUUUGGGAAAGUAAAAUUAGUUGAAUAUCAUCAUUUUUCAGAUGCCUCUGACAUUGCAUAUGGUCAGUGUUCGUAUGUGAGAUUGAUUGAUGUGAAUGAUGGUGUUUGUUGUUCCCUUAUUAUUGGCAAAUCGAGAGUAGCUCCUCUAAAACAUGUAACUAUUCCUCGUUUGGAAUUGAAUGCUGCAGUAAUAUCUGCACGGAUGAAUUCCUGGCAUCAUGUUUCGUCCUCUUACAAUCCAAGUGAUGAUGCCAGUAGAAGGUUAUCUGCAAAAGAUUUGUCCAGUGAUUGUCGCUGGAUAAAUGGUCCUGAAUUUCUCCGUAUGAAAGGUGUGUAUUGUCCACCGAAUGUAGUGUUUGAGCCGAAUGAAACUGUUGUUACAGAAUUGCAACAAGAAAUGAGAAAAUCUACUGUCUUCAAGACUCAAACUUCGGUUAUGCUUGACCAAGUCAAUAUUGGUAUCGAUAGACUUUGUGUAUUUUCAUCAUGGUUCAGAGCAACUAGAGCUGUUGCUAACUGUAUUCGUUAUAUUGGCAAGCUUAAGCAUUAG